GUUUUAUUGUGUGUGAUUCCAGAACAGAGUGGCGUAAUUAUUUCGCUGAGUCACCACUUUUCUUACCUUGAAGCUUAUUUGAGCUCCUUCGUCUCUUCGAAUCAUGAAGACAGCGAUAAUCAUUUGGAGUUUGGUGUUUCUUGUAUUCAUUAGGACAAGUUUUGGGAUAGUAGCUAACAAGCGUCGUAAUCCAAGGCCUGAUGAAAUAGAAAGAGUUAUUAAUGAGACACACUCGAUCAUGUGGAAUUGUAAAGGGACAGAAUGUCAUCCAGGAUUAGGACUAAAUGUACACUGUGGGACUAGCAUACCAUUCAGCACAAAGAUUAAGUGUGUUCCAUGUGAGGAAGGUGUGAAUUUCUCAGAAACUAAUGAUUAUUCCACCUGUAAACGUUGCAUGAUGUGUGGCAAGCAUGAGAAAAAAACUGGAAAUUGCACCUUGGAAGAGGAUACCACAGUUUGUUUAGGGGUCUGCCACAAAGGAUUUUAUAUGGAUUUGAUCAGUGGUGAAUGUCAUCCAUGCAGUGACUGUUGUGGGCAAAAUGACAAAUAUCAUGAAAAGAAUUGUGAGGACUCUGGAUUUCCCAGUAGCAAACAAUGCAGGGAACAUAAUUUAAAUUGUCCAGACAAACCUCCCAAAAGCACUGCUGAAAGCAACAACAAUGACAAAGACCAGGGAGGUCUUGAGGUAUCAGAAAUUGUAGGUAUUGUGCUUGGAACAAUUGUGUUUUUAGCUAUUGUCAUUGUUGUGAUCCUUAGUAGGGUCUAUGGCUGGCAUGUGAUCAAAGAUACCCUGAUGAGUUGGUUUUGUUAUUGCUGCCAUUUUGGAGCAUCACUGAAUGGUCAUGGAAACAUAAUGUAUUUUGAUGCAGCAGGUGGCCAAACACAGAGAUCAGAGCAUGACCCUGAACUAGGUGCAGGGAAAAGUGAACAAAAUUUCUCAGAAACUCCAGAGAGGACUUCUGAGUCAGAGUUAUUAGACUCACUAGUUCAUCAGCAAAUGCAGUCUCAGCCUCCAGCUGAAACAAAGGAAACCCAAAGAGGAUUUACCCGCUCAUUUUCACAUCCAGGGGUUCUUAAUACCAAGGUCCAAAAGGAAACAUUAAAUUCCAAUCGUAUCCAGUGUGUUGGAAGUCCAAAACCUAACAAACCAUCAAGAAUUGGAUACAGUCUAGUAGCAUCAACUGAGCUUUCAGAUGAGGCUGUUUUCAACAGGAAUUCCUCAGAAUCCAUUAAUGCCAGGUGUCAACCAAGGAAGCCAGAAAGAUUUGAGAAACCAUCAGUAAAAAGUCAGCACACUUCAACCACGGGCCUCUACCUCAGGGAGACAUGUGGAACCUCACUGAAUGGCAUUCCACAGGAUUUCCAAAACAGCCUCCAGAGCAAAAAAAUGUCUGCUAUCCCAUUGAUGUUCUAUUCAGAGAUAUGUUCCAAGCUUGAUAUAAGGCGGUUGGCUUUUGAUGACUUCCGCCUUCUUGGAGAAGAGAUUGGAUUGACCAGAGAUCAAACUUUGUGCCUCGGCCAGAUGGAAAACCCAACUGAUCAAAUGAUAACCAAGUUUUACAAUUCUCAGGAGGGUAGCUGUGUUUCCAAAUUUCGGGGAAUACUUGAGGGAAUGAAAAGAAGUGAUGUUGUAGAUGUAAUCGAUGAGUGGGUUAAGUAUGAAUGGUUGAAACAAUGUAAUUCCUCAACUGUAAGUAGAAGGCCACAGACAUGUGUUUGAAUUUGUUUAAAUCAAGAAUGCAUACAGUGUUUAGUGACAAGCAUUUUGCUUUUGAUGACUUCUGCCUUCUUGGAGAAGAGAUUGGAUUGACCAGAGAUUAUACUGA